CGCAAUGCCAGUCCAACAGCAAGUAGACAAGAUAGUCCUCACUCACCCUAAGGGCUCCUCUGCUGAGAUUUUACUCUACGGCGCGACUGUCAUCUCUUGGAAAUCCGGCAGCGUCCCGAAUCCCCAGCCAGUCGAGCGCCUCUUCGUUUCUUCAAAGGCAGCCCUUGAUGGUAGUAAACCUGUGAGAGGCGGUAUACCCGUCGUGUUCCCGUGCUUCGGCGCACCGACCCAUCCCGAGCAUUUGAAGCUUGGACAACAUGGCUUCGCGCGCAGCGAGACGUGGACAUUCAACAGCAUCGUGAUGGACAACGAAGCGGGCGUAUCUGUCAAACUCACCCUCGAGCCCAAGGCAAGCAUCACGGAAAGAUAUGAACGCCCCUUCCACCUGGCCUACGUGGUGACGCUAGCUGAACAUCAGAUCUCCACCGAUCUUCACGUGCAGAACACCGCGCUUUCAACAACGCCUCCCCUCGAGUUCCAGGCUCUCUUCCACAAUUACAUCCGAGCUCCCGCAAGUGAGGUCUCCAUCACACCCCUUGAGGGCAUCUCGUAUUACGACAAGACGGAGACCUCCGAGGAGCUACGCAGCAAGCCGAAGACGGAGCAGAGAGCCACCGUUGAUGUCAAGAAGUUCACAGAUUCUGUGUACGAGGAUGCGCCAGGAAUAUACGAGGUAGCCUCGCCAACGAACAAGGUCGAGAUCAAGACGAAGAGCUUCAAGGAUGUUGUAGUGUGGAACCCACAAGCCGAGGCUGGUUCAAAGAUCGGUGACAUGGAGGCUGGUGGAUGGGAGAAGUAUGUUUGCGUCGAACCUGGUUACGUCCGCGGCUUCGUGAAGCUGGAAGCGGGUCAGACUUGGAUCGGGCAACAAGUUCUGACAGCCAAACUUUGAAGAGCGACCUGAAGAAAGGCGGAGAAAGGUUGUAACAUAUCCAUACGAGUUGUACGCCAUGUGCUGUAGCCUUAAACAAGAGGAAAGACGGUCUAAAGUGCCUCUUC